CUUCCAUUUUCAGCGACACAAAAGGACCACGUGAAAAACCAGGUUCGCACACAUCCAAUCCUCUUCUCCUCCACCGCUUCGCGCCCGUACUCAUCUCAAAUGAUUUUUAUGUCUAAGCCCUCAGUUUGUGUUCAAUUCUUCUGUCCGUUACUCGACAUCUAGGGUUUAUUUUACCGUUAACGAUUCAAGUUUGGCUUGGUGCUAAUUUGAAAGCUGUGGCAAAUCGAGCAUUUUCCAGAAUGUGUUCGGGCCAUAGAAUGUGCUGAUCAGUAGAAAGAGACCUCGCCAAUGGCAGGAUAUGUUGCCAUUCCAUCCAAUGUCAAGCUGCAAGUUCAGAGAAAUGUUCAAGAAGAGCAAUUCUUUCAAGCCAAAACUUUGCAUCUACCAGCCAGAAGGAGCUUCUAUGUUGGAGGUUUUAAAGUUAAGGGGUUCUCGCUAUGGAAGGCCUGCAGGCUAGUUGCUCCACACUUAAAAAUCCUGUAUGGAAGUGCAAGACAUGAGACUCCUAUCAAGUGCUGUUCUUUGGGUGCCCUAGCUACUGAUGGUGCAGUUGCUUCUGACUGGGUUCCUUUCGUGAACCAAGUCCUCCUUUUAGCAAGUAUAACACUUACAUAUAUGGCUGGAGUAAUUCCUUCUGAGAAGACCCCAUAUAAUACUCAAACAAGCACACCCCUUGUUAAUGUGCUCCCUGAGAACUCUUCCUCCCCGGGUAGUACAAUGGCAAAUGAUGAUGAGGUUUGCUUUCAGUUUGCCUGGGAUGUUGUUAAAGGCAAGCUUAUGGAUUCCUUAUCUGCUCUUAGGAAUGGUAUAAAUCUUAGUGACAGAGUGGGUGAAUCUAAGCAAGACCCUGCAAAACAACCUUCAAGUUUGUGUGCUGUUGCUGAUGGUCCCAGAAUAAGGUUGCUGUGGGCAUCAUUUCAGUUGCUCAACAAAGAGGUUGACAAUAUCCCAGAAAACUCUGCCACAAAGUCAACAAAUGAUUUCUUGGCUGUCUUUGCUGAAAUUAUUGAAAACUGCUGCCAGCCUCUAGGCAUAGCAUGGCUGGAAGAGGAGUUUCGCCUCAUCUCUGAGAAUCCCGACAAGGAACUUCUUUCUUUGGUGAAAAAUAAGUUAAAUGGAUAUGACAGCAUAAUUCAAAAUAUCAGAAAGUCAGGCAAGGAGAAUCUAUAUGCGGAGUUGGUAUAUGCCCUUAAAUUUGGUUCUUCCAGGAAGGGUGGUUAUUAUAAUUGUAGCUUGUUUAUUCAGCAUGGAGUAGCCAUAUUAGAAGAUUUGCUGAUCACAUUAGCAGAUGGCAUUGCAAGUAUGUAUUUGGAGCUUAUAUCUGUGGAUGGUAGCUUGUCUAAUGAUAUCAACAACCUUGGCUUGAGCUUGUGCACCCUGUCCACCAGAGCACUUCAGAGAUUGCGGAACGAGGUAGCACUGCACCAGUGGUUGCAUCAGAACAUGGCAGCAGUGGUAUCGAUGUACGAAGAUCAAUUUGACCUUUGCACACUUAGGAGAAAACUCCUCCAGGAGUCCAGUGGCAGUGAGGCUGACAAUUUUGAUUGGUGGAAGAAACUUGGUUUCAGGAGAUCGGGACCCACAUUAUCAUUGCGUUUUGUUGAGAUCAACUACGUCUCGGUACCUGUUAAAAGGACCAAGGAAUUAAGGGCCUUGACUGGGUGGAGGUACUACUACAGUCUCUUCCUUGAACUGGCUGAUAUCACCAUGCCAUUUGUAAGAACAGUUGUUGCUAAAGUCAGUGAUGCCAUCUCGUUCUUCCUGGUCUGUUUGAUAGGAAGGUCCUUGGGGCUAAUCUACUCUGGGAUUAGGAACUCCUUACGGCUGAAGUAAGCUGUGGAGAAAAGACACAGUAUGCACAUUGGGUCCAGUUAGGAAAUUUUCAUCAUGACUUCUGUUAUAAGAUUGCGAGUAACAUCUAUGUCUUGUACGGAGUGAUUGGAAGUUGAUAAUAAGAGAACAAUGGCUGAAAUUGCUACAUGAAGGCAAGAAAGAAAAAAGAACCAAGAUUUUCUUGCUUUUGUGGAUUCUUCCUAUGAUGUUUGUGGCUUCAUGUCUCAUCAUCUUUUUCGAGUUAUUAGUCUCCGUUUGGUGAUUUGGUCCACCAUUAUAUCAUAAAUUGGCUCGUUUCAUAUCA